CAGCUAUCAUUUUCUUGCAAGAAAAUGUCACUCUCUUUUUGUAGCCUUCCUUCGAAAAUCGCCCAUUCGGAAAACCCUAAUGGCUACCGCCACCUCCGAGGUAGUUAUGUCGAUGCUUGAGCCGAAUCCUCUGCUUAGCGUCGAUAUGGUUCGUUGAGUUUGUAAUCAAUUGGGCCCGGCGUAAUUCAAUCAUGCAACUGCGAUCUUGUGAUCUGGUGAAUUCUUGUGACUGGAAAAUGCGAUUCGAUGGGAGGUUUUCUGAGACCUAAAUUUCUAGAAAGUUAUUGAGUUGUUAGGGUGAAUCGAAUGGAGUCCUCUGGUGCUCAUAAUCAUUUGCCUCCUCAUAAGCGUCUGCUUGCUGAACUGAGGAAGGAGAAUUCUGAAUUCAAUUUUAUGCCGCCUGUUCCUAUUGUUUUGGGUGAUUUUGAUGCCCGGCUUCGUGAUGUUGUCAAUUCCCCAGGAUCGACUCCAGAAAAGAUCAUCGAGGUGUCCAAGUCAGUAGCUUUGGCUGCAUUUGAAAUUGCUGUGGCAGCUAGAAACAAUGCAAUUGAGAAAGCAGCUGCAGCUACAAAGGCGAAAGCUGAUGCCAAGAAUGCAUUGUUAUUUUUGGACUUCAUUACGAGGAAGAGAAAUUCUAGAAAAAUCUGUGCAAACCAGAACAAAGUGAGUAAGAAACAGAUCCCAAUAAAACUCCUCUAUCAGACUAGCCAUUCUGCUGGGAGCCAUGAAACAGAUGAAGAACUAGCUAAGAAACUGCAUCGCACAAUGAAUAGUUUGCCUACAAUCUCAAAUAAUAAGUAAAAUGCAUUUAUGUUUUGUGAAAAAAAAAAGGUUCUAUAUGAUGGUGAAGUUGUCGUUGUCUGCCACAAAAAUUCACAUAAUUUUCAUGUGAUGAGAAUUAGGACAAGUGAUGACUCACAAGGGAAAAUUCUUAAAUGUUCCAAAGCUGACAAUUUUGUGAAAAAGAAUUUGGUCAUCUCAAAAAGAGACUAGAAAAUGAAUUAUGUUCAGAUCAAUAGCUGGUAAGGAAAGUGAGAAUUAGGAAAAAAGAACUUUUAUGAAGUACAGCAAUUUUAUGAAGCGCCAAAUUUAGAUAAUGCAGAAAGUAUUGUCUUUUCUUUGAAGCUGAAGUCUUCUAGUUGUGGAAAGUCAAAUGUCAAUGAAGGCUAUCUCAGUGUAGAAAAAAAAAAGUUUCACAGUGCUCUUAAGGCAGCAAGGUUCUGAAAGUUCUAUAUCAAAAGGUUCAAGCUCUCAAGUGCAUUCUUAGAAUGGAAUUGGUUAUCCAGUUUGAUGGGGAGUCAAAAACGGAUCCUUCUCUGGGUAGGAUUUUGUUUAAAAUUUUUCUUCUACAAGGUGCUUGCUUAAAAUUUGAUGUCAAUUGUUUUCUUUUGUUCUUUUAAUGUUUCGCAUAAUGUAUUUACUACUUCUGUUACACUUGUUCAUAUUUCCCAAUAAGCAAUCUGUCUAUUACUAGCAAUAAUUUAUGGCUUGCUAAUUGUGCUAUUGAUGGCGUACUGAUAGCAUAAAAAGAAAUAUUAAUUCAAUGGUAGUUUUAGAUUCA